AUGGUCGAGGCCGACCGCCCGGGGAAGCUCUUCAUCGGGGGCCUCAACCCCGAGACCGACGAGAAAGCCCUCGAGACGGCGUUUGGCAAGUAUGGCCGCAUCUCCGAGGUGCUCCUCAUGAAGGACCGGGAGACCGCCAAGUCCCGGGGCUUCGCCUUCGUCACCUUCGAGAGCCCCGCCGACGCCAAGGCCGCCGCCCGCGACAUGAACGGCAAGUCCCUGGAUGGUAAGGCCAUCAAGGUGGCCCAGGCCACCAAGCCGGCGUUCGAGAGCAACCGGCGCGGCCCGCCGCCGCCCCGCAGCCGCGGCCGCCCGAGGGGCCUGCGCGGGGCCCGCGGCGGCGGCGGCGGCGGCGGCGGGGGCCCGCGGCGACCCCCGUCCCGGGGCGGGUCCGCCGACGACGGCGGUUACGCGGGGGAUUUCGACCUGCGGCCUUCCCGGGCCCCGAUGCCCCUGAAGCGCGGGCCGCCCCCGCGCCGCGCGGGGCCUCCCCCGAAGCGGGCCGCGCCGUCGGGCCUGGUGCGCAGCGGCAGCGGUGGUGGCGGCGGCGGCGGUGGCGGCGGCGCGGGGAUGCGGGGGCGGGCGGUGGCCGCGCGGGGCCGCGAUCGCUACGCGGGCCCGCCCCGUCGGGAGCCGCCGCCGCUGCGCCGGGACCCUUACCUGGGCCCUCGGGAGGAGGGCUACUCGCCCCGCGACGGCGGCUACUCCAGCCGCGACUACCUGAGCGCCCGCGACCCCCGCGACUUCGCCCCGUCGCCCCGCGACUACGCCUACCGCGACUACGGCCACUCGAGCGCGCGGGACGACUGCCCAUCCCGAGGCUACUGCGACCGCGACGGCUACGGAGGGCGCGACCGCGACUACGUGGACCACCCGAGCGGGGGCUCCUACCGCGACCCCUUCGAGAGUUACGAGGAUCCGCGCAGCGCCGCCCCGGCGCGGGGCCCGCCGCCCUCCUACGGCGGGGGCCGCUACGACGACUACCGGGGCUGCUCGCCCGACGUCUACGGAGGUGGAGGCCGCGACGGCUACGGAGGUGGCCGUGGUGACCGCUACUCCGGGGGCCGCGACCGGUCCCUAGAAAGGGGGUGUCCUCCCCUACGCGAUUCCUACAGCCGAUCGGGCCGCAGGGAGCCUCCCAGGGGCGGAGGCCGCCUGGGAAGCCGCUCGGAGAGAGGGGGAGGCCGGAGCAGAUACUAA